AUGAAAGUAGGAGUUAAAGUAUUAUCAACAGGUGGUGGAUAUACAAAUCCAUCGGUUAUGUUAUGGUCAGCACAUCAGGAUCACAAGUAUUUGUUCAACGUUGGAAAUGGAACACAUCGUCAGAAUUUGACGGCAAAGGAUCAUGCUUAUAAUGCCAAUCACCUGUUCCUCACACAUAUCGACCCUUCAACGAUGGCCGACUACCCAAACUACCUGCUACGUAACACUGACGACUUCUCAUUGGUCGGACCAGUCAACUCCACCAUGGCCGUGCUGUCACAUCGUUACUACAUUGGUCGUCGCAACAAGACCAUCCACGUGACCGAGUGUGCCGACGACAACAUCGUCCUCACCGAUGGUUACCUCACAGUCUAUCCAUUGGUACUUCAUCCCAAUGGUGACAUCAUUGUUGACAACAAGGACAUUGGAUCACAACAAUCACAAACAUGCCCACUCAUACACCCUUACAAGAGGGGCUUGACGGCCAACUCGACUUACAAGGCGGCAAAGUCAAUGGCACUGUCAUCGUUCUAUGAGUGGACUGUGCUGCGUGGAGGCAUGCUGGACAUUGGCACUGGACAUCCAGACUUCACCACUGACGACUUGGAGCAAUACAUGAUCUACAGGAUGAUGAAGAUCUCUGACGAUCUGGAUGAGGUGGACAUCAAGUCGUAUCGUCCAGCCAACUCCAAGCGAAUCAAGGAGUACAUCAUGGACCCAUUCAACUUCCCCCACGACGGCGCGACCACCCAGCAACGCGACGAGUUCUGGUCGCUCGAGUCACGACACUUCAGGGUGGUCACGCGACUGACCAACCUGCCUGCGAUGACAGACGACAUUAAGAAGAGGAUAGUCAAGGAGCGUGGACAGUUGUUCACGUCACACAAGCACUACGGCCCCAUCAAGAGUCAGUCCAAGACAUUCUUUGACGUCAAGCACGACGAGCAGACUGGCAUGGGCGACGUGGUCUGCUACAUCUGUCAAAUGCCCGACAUCAUUGGCAAGUUCGACAGCAAGAUGGCCGACAAGCUUGGCGUGCCCAACGGUCCGCUACGCAGCAAACUGUGCAAGGGUGAGUCGGUUGUGAUUGCCGACGGAUCGACCGUGCGUCCCGAGGACGUCCUGUCGCCCAGCACCAUCGGUCCAGUGUUCAUUGUGCUGGCGUGUCCCGAUAUCAAGUAUCUCAAGGCUCUGGUGAGCAAUGCCAAGCUGCUCGCCUACGGACAGGGCGAGAGGAGUGGCUGCAUCGCACACAUGGUGCCCGAGUCCAUUGUAAACACACCCGAAUACAUUGGCCUCAUCAACUCAUUCAAUCCCAAGCAGUGGCAGCAUCUGAUACUCAACGAGUCGUGUGCCUACCACGAGCUCACCAUUAAGUCUGGUCAGCUAUUCAAUGGGCUGAGUCAGCUGUCGCCAGACUUCUUCCCCACGCUGGCAUCAGCACACGGUCCACAACCACUUCCACAGGAGCUAUCACACUGUCAGCGCGGACGCUACCAGCAAAAGGUGGUGCUGAAUCCAUUGCACAAGUCCAAGUUGCCUGAGCUGGACAACACAUCAUGCACAGAGGACACUGAUCUAUCAUUCCAAUUCGAGACUCAAUCACCUCGAGAUAACAACGAUGGUGUUGUAGUCGUCGAGGAGGAGAAGACCGAUGCCGAGAAAAGGGUCGAGCGAAUGGUACAAGAGGUAACAAACGAGGAGUUGGAGAUAGUAUUCCUUGGCACUGGAUGCUCACAGGCAUCAGAGUAUCGCGAUGAGUCAUGUAUAUACUUGGAUCUGUUUGAUAAAGGUGGACUAAUGAUGGACUGUGGUGGAGGAAGCUACUCCCAGUUGUUCAGGAAGUAUGGAGCAGAGGUGACAAAGAAGAAACUGGCUAAAUUGAAGUUUAUAUACCUGUCUCAUUUGCAUACGGAUCAUCAUCAGGGAUUGUUCAAGGUGGUGGAGAUGCGUCAUCGCGCUCUUGUGGAGUUGGACGUGCCAAAGAGUGAGUGGCGACUGUGUAUACUCACUCCGCCAAAUGGUCAGUUCUACAUGCGUGACAUCGAGUCCACUCUAACGCUGGGCAAAGACAUAUGGAGCUACCUCGAGUUCUACGACUCGAACGAUCACGACAACGUCCACAAUCAGCCCAUGCUCGAGUUCUUGCGACGAGAGCUCCGUCUGGCCGUCGUCCAAACGAUACCCGUGGUACACAACUUUGCCGCCACGGGCAUCGUGCUGCGAAGUGAGCUGGGCUGGUCGGUCGGCUACUCUGGUGACACAACCUUUUGCGAGCAGCUGGCAACGCACCCUCUGUGCCAGGAGCUCACCGUGCUCAUACACGAGGCCACGUUCCAAGAUCACCAACACGAGCUGGCCAAGAAGAAGAGUCAUUCCACAUUCUCCGACGCGAUCCGCACUGCCAAACUCAAUCAUGCUUACAUGACCAUACUCACACACUUUAGUCAACGUUAUCCAAAGAUCGAUCCAGUUGGCAACACAUUUGAUCAUCAGCGUGUCGUCCUCUCCUUUGACUUCAUGACCGUCAACCUCGCCAACCUCCAAUCACUACCCCAAGCACUAUCCAAGCUCAAAGUGGACCCUAACGAGGAUGAGCAAGUUGAGGUUGGCUUU